UUGCAAACGUAUGCGAAAUUAAUUUUCAGUAAAAUUCCUGAUACUAUUUAUUUCUCGUUUAUUACACUUAGGGGGUCGACUGAAACUAUUAUUGAGCUUCUCGGCCUCUGUCACAGAUUAUGUCUUUCCGACUGGCCAAUUGACUUCUCACUUGCUCGGAAGAUUACCGUUGCAAACAGUUUUUCAUAUCGACUGCACUUGCUGCUAACUGGCCUAAUCUGCUCUGUUUGGGAGAAUACACAGAUGGAAGAAGAAUCACUCAAUGUCCUGCGACUGCUCACCACUCUGACCAGACUGGCCCUUUUGGUUGGUGACGCAGAAUUGCUCGGUAUCACGGCCGCAUUAUCACUUUUCCCGGCGCCCUUGCACCAAGGUCGAUGCUACGGUUUGAUUUGCAAAUGGCAGGCGGCUCUAACUCACAAUUACUUGUACACUCUGUUCACUUUUUCGCCCUACUGGCGUCUUCGCUUGCCCGGCAUAAAGUCCUGGCGCCACGUGAUUGCGUCCCGCAUUAGCAAAGGUGCAAUCUUAGUGAUCCGCGAGCUGUGGAAUGCGAAAUUAGCUCGUGUGUCUAGACACUCGCUAAUAUCAUCUAAUCUUCAGUUCUCUUUGUAA